AUGGGAAGCCCGAGAGUCGGGGGAGGGGAGGCGCGGAGGCGGAGAAGGGAGAAGGGACGGGGGGAUCCGAGGAGGCCUGGGAAGGGCAAGGAGGCGCGUUUUCUCCGCCAGGCAGCGGCGGGAGGAGGGGCUGCAGGUGCGGAGAGGCGCAGGCUGCGCGCCGCGGCGCCCCUGCGGAGAGGGGCAGAGAACUGCAGCACGCCCGGCUCCGCUGCCCGUGCCCGGUGGGGUCCAGCCGCGAAGCCCCGCGCUCAGGGUCCCGACCGCCCGCGUCCUCUCCGCAGGCCUGCGCCGCCUCCUGCUCCGGGCCGCGGCGUCUCGUGCCUGCGCGGGGCUAGCGUGGGCGCCGGGGCCGCAACCGGCGCGCGCGACGCGAGGGGGCCCGCGGGGGCCCUGGGGGCCAGGGCGGCGUCCCGGCCAGCGGCGAACGCGCUCCGACUGCGGCCGCCGCCAGCUGCCUGCCCGGCCGCAAGGGCGGCAGCGGCAUUACCGCCGACCGCCCGGGGUGAGGCGCCCGCGCCGGGCCCGAGGACACAAGGCGAUGAGCGACCGGGCGACGCGCGCUGCGGACAGAGCCAGGGAGCCCGAAGAACAGGAGGCCGAGCGCCGUCGGAGCCGCGUCUAGUUGGAGAAAGAGGCGGACGUGAAAGGGCAGGGGAGCCGCGGAGGAAAACCGGGACCGGCAGGCGCGUCCGGAGACCCCCGCGGGCUCCGCGCGCUCGCUGGGAACUCAGCAGGCGGCGCUGCGCCGGGCCGAGGAAAUCUGGAGGCCCCCGCCCUCCCCGCGCCCGAAACACCGUGCGUCCUGAUAGGCCGGCGCCAAGCAGCACCCUCCCCGCGCCGGCCGCACCGGGGCCCAGCCGCCUCCUGCGUCACCGCAGCCCCCGCCCGCCCGGGGACCCCGCAGUGGCCGCGCGGGUGGAGGCUGAGGGACGCCUUGCAAGCCUCGCAUACAUUCUGCCCUGCGGGUACAUAAUGAAGGUUGAUGUACCCGAAAGGGAAUGGGCAUCUCCAAAAGAGGACUUCGUUGGUAUUUCCUUCCAAAAUCCUCCCUCGGCGAACAAGGUGUAUUUCCGACCUGGAUUAAUGCAUCCCCCCGAAUCCCCCUCCACCUUCUUGUAAGAAACAGUGUCAGGAUGUGGCCCGGGCCUAUGUGCAUCUCUUAUACUCGGACUUGCCUUCACUGUUGAAGGUGAAUCCUGGGUCGUCCUCGCUGUAUUUAGGCGGGGCUGAGAAGACUUCUGGGCAGCCGGUUAGGCCCUUGAGGGCCUCAGCCCCAUCUAGCUUCGGUAGGGUGGCUUCAUCCACCUCCUAGGCCGUGGUCUACCCUUUGUUCAAAUGUUUCUUACUGCUUGCUGAAUUUUUCCAGGUCCUUAGCUGUAUCACAUUGGUCAAACGUGUGUGCGCAGGUGUUUCCUUUUCAACUAAUCAGGAAGUGGCGGGAUGCCCUACUGCCAUUAUUUGUUCAGUAUUUCCAGAUGGAACUGUCGUUGAUAGCCAAUAAAUUUGGCCCGUUUUUAUCAGGAUGUCCAUGCCCUAGAUCGUCUUUGAGAUAGUGCAAUGUGGAGCCUGAAACACCUACUUCGUAAACCCAAGCCUUUCAUUAAUAUUAGCUGUGAGACCUGUGGAAGCUAGUACUUUGUGUGAGCCUGUUUUCUCCACCCUCAAACAGUAGAUAUAAUACCCCCUAGCAAGGCUGUGAGAUUCAAUGGGUAACUGUGUGUAAUGCUAAGCAUGGUGUCUGGUAAGAGAUUCUCUUAUAUCCCAUUAGUUCACUAGGUGGAAUCACCAAGUUCAAAUUCAUUGUUUAAUAUUUUGUUUGUUGGAGUACUUACAAGUUCCUCAACUUCUCUGGCUAAUUUAAUAUUUAAUGCAAAAGGUAAUGACACUAUAACAUUUUUAGAUGCUUAAGGGAAAUUCGAAAUGCAAAGUGGAACAACAUUAAAUAACAGGAAACUCACUUGUAAAAUAAAGAAAAACAAAACCUAUGCUAGCCACAUAAGUCCAUGAAUGCUGAGGAAGCAAAAAUUGUGGUAUUCCUCUCUCCAGUCUCACUGACGCUUCAUUUCUUUUUAU